AACUUCUCCUGCUCCUCCUCCAGGACCCGGACUCCCAUGACCCUGCUCAGGUACGGCCGACCCGCUCACAGCGUUACCGCGCGGCUCCGCUACACCGGACCGCGCGCUGCGAGUGAACUUUACGGAGGAGUUGCGGUGCGCGUGCGCGGUGCGUGUGCGCGGCGCGUGUGGAGGGACGCCUGGACACGUCUGUGGAGGAAGGACGGAGCGUCACGCACCGGGAUCGAGAGCCGCGGCUCGUUUCGUGGUUAUUAGGUCGUACGUCAGCGUCCGUUUCCGAGCGGGCUACAGAGAGGAUUCCAGAAAUCUCAUCAUGUUCAAGGCAGUGCUGAAGAAGAACAGAGACGGAGGGAGAGGGAGCAAAAAAGAACCAGGGGACUUCCACAGUCAGAGUGCUCAAAGAAGAGGGCCACCUGAGGGAAUCUCUCAGUCCCAGGACCCUGGCAGUGCCCACCCUUAUCCCCAGGAUGAUGUGUUCAGGCUGAGUCUGGCCAAGGGGGUGUCUAUGUCCUUGCCCUCCUCCCCUCUCUUGCCAAGACAGUCCUACAUGUUGCCCUUACGUACAAACAAGCGAUCGCCAGGUCCAAUCAGGAAGCCCAAGUAUGUGGAGAGCCCUCGUGUUCCCUCCGACGCCAUCGUCUCAGCGCUGAGGAAGGUGGCCGAUAACAAGGAGUCAUCUCACAAUGAGCGGCCAGCGGAGAAACAGCCGAGCUCCUCCUCUCCCGCCACUCAGGAACUGAUGACAAGGCUGGGUUUCUUACUGGGAGAAGGGAUCCCGGGCACGGCACGCAUACCUAUGGAAGACAAGAAUGAAAAGAAGUGCUCUGUGGCUAGCCAGGGUAUCAGCCCCUGCUCCACGCUGACCAGCAGCACGGCAUCCCCAAGCACAGACAGCCCGUGUUCCACCCUCAACAGCACGGCCGGCCGACCUCCCCUCAGCCGCUCCAGCCCCUGUGGGACCAUCACCAGCCCCAGCUCGACGCUCGAGAGCAAGGACAGCGGGAUCAUAGCCACCAUCACAAGCUCUUCGGAGAAUGACGACCGCAGUGGCUCCAGCCUGGAGUGGAGUAAAGACGGCAGCCUGAGGGGCAGUGGGCGCCAUGGCCUGGCCCCCAGCGUGCGGGCCGACACCUGUUCCCCCGUGGCCGAGGAAGACUCUGGCAGUGCCAGCGCCACGCCAGCUGACACCCCAUCCAGGACAGACCAGCAGCAGCAACAGUCCAACACAUCGGCAGGAGCUGCAGCUGCAGCUACUGGACCUCCACAACCUCCAGGCCACACACCAGAGGGCCCUGUUCCUUACCCAGCACACACUUCUUCCUCCUCCUCCACCUCCUCCCUCAUGAUGCCUAGACCCAACUCUGUUGCAGCUACCAGUUCUACCAAGCUGGAAGACCUGAGCUUUCUUGAUGAACAGCGCAAUACACCCCUCCGGACGUCCAUUCGCCUACCCUGGCACAACACGGGAGGAAGGCCGCCUCAGGACUCCAAAGCACGUUUUGCUCCCUACAAGCCUGUGGACAUCAUGCUCAAGCCCCUGCUGUUCGAGGUGCCAAGCAUCACCAUGGACUCGGUGUUUGUGGGCCGUGAUUGGCUCUUUCAGCAGCUGGAGGAUGUGCUGAAAGCCGGCGAGUCCGCAGAAACCCGCGGUGCUGUUGUGCUUGGAAGUGUGGGCUAUGGCAAAACAGCCAUUAUCUCCCGGCUAGUAGCGCUGAGCUGCCACGGGGGGCGCAUGCGUCAGAUUGCCUCCAACAGUCCCAGUGCCUCCCCCAAAAGUGGGGGAGAAUCCAACGCAGAACUCCCUCUCAGUCAGCCUCCACAGCCCACUCCACCUCCCAGUGCCACCAAUACCCUGAGGAGCAGCAAUAACAGCUGCCCUGGGACCCCUGAGAUCCAGAGGCGCAGAGAGGAGGCUGUCAAACGCCUGGCCGCCAAGGUGGUGGCGUAUCACUAUUGCCAGGCUGAUAAUACCUACACUUGCCUAGUUCCAGAAUUUGUACACAGCAUCGCCGCCCUGCUCUGCAGAGCACACCAGCUCAGUGCCUACCGGGAGCUUUUGCUGAAAGAGCCUCACCUUCAGAGCAUGCUCAGUCUGCGCUCCUGCGUCCAGGACCCCAUGGCUGCAUUCCGGAGGGGCGUGCUCGAGCCCCUGGCCAACCUUCGUAAAGAGAGCAAGAUCCCAGAGGAGGACCACAUCAUCUUGAUAGACGGGCUUAAUGAAGCAGAGUUCCAUAAACCUGACUAUGGAGACACCAUCGCCUCCUUCAUUACCAAGAUCAUUGCCAAGUUCCCCUCUUGGCUGAAAUUGGUGGUCACAGUCCGGGUCAACCUGCUGGAGAUCACCAGCCUCUUGCCCUUCUCUAAGAUCUCCCUGGACGACCACCCCAAUAACAAAGAGAUCAACAAUGACCUCAAUGCCUACAUCCAGUACCGCAUUAAUGGCAGCAAGGACAUCAUGAACAACAUAAGUCUCAAUGGCAAGGCCGACCCCGUCACUGUGGGCAAGCUGAGUAGCCACCUGAUCUCCCGCAGCCAGGGCUCCUAUCUGUACCUAAAACUGACCCUGGAUCUGUUUGAGAGAGGCCACCUCGUCAUCAAGAGCGCCAGCUACAAGGUGGUUCCCGUGUCGCUGGCCGAGCUCUACCAGCUGCAGUGUAAUAUGAAGUUCAUGACUAAUUCGGCGUUCGAGCGCUCGCUGCCAAUCCUCAACGUAGCGCUGGCCUCGCUGCACCCCAUGACGGACGAGCAGCUGUUCCACGCCAUCAAUGCCGGCAGCAUUUGUGGCGAGCUGCCGUGGGAGGACUUCCAGCAGCGCAUGGAGCUGCUCUCCUGCUUCCUCAUCAAACGGCGUGACAAGACACGCAUGUUCUGCCACCCCUCCUUCAGAGAGUGGCUUGUGUGGAGGGCUGAUGGAGAGAGCACCGACUUCCUCUGUGACCCAAGAACUGGCCAUGCCCUAAUGGCCUUCAUGCUGUCCCGUCAAGAGGGGAAACUGAAUCGCCAGCAGACGAUGGAGCUGGGGCACCACAUCCUCAAAGCGCACAUCUUCAAGGGUUUGAGUAAGAAAACAGGUGUGUCGUCCAGCGUGCUUCAGGCUUUGUGGAUCAGCUGCAGUGCAGAUGGCCUUUCUGCAGCCUUGGCCUCCCUGAGGAAUCUUUAUACACCCAACGUGAAGGUGAGUCGACUCCUGAUGCUGGGCGGAGCUAAUGUGAACUACCGUACAGAGGUGUUGAACAACGCCCCAGUGCUUUGCGUCCAGUCCCACCUUGGCCACCAGGAGAUGGCCUCACUGUUGCUGGAAUUUGGGGCGAGCGUGGAUGUGGUGUCUGAGAACGGCAUGAGCCCCCUCUGCUUCGCCGCCGCUGCAGGUCACCUGGGCCUGGUCGUCCUGCUCUGCAAGAGGGGGGCCAAGGUUGACCAUGUGGAUAAGAGUGGCCAGUGUGCGCUGGUCCACGCUGCUCUCCGAGGACACCCAGAGAUCAUCCAGUACCUGUUGGAGCUGGAGUGGAGCCCUGAGGGCCAACAGCAGGACUGCAGUCUGAAGAACAAAGCCCUUCAGCAAGCUCUGAUCGCAGCAUCCAGCAUGGGACACACACAGGUUGUGAGAGGCUUGCUGACGUUGAAUAAUGACCACGCUGUUCAAAUUGAUGGCCAUGAUACACUGUGGGGAGAAACAGCCUUGACGGCGGGUGCGGGCCGGGGAAAGAUGGAAGUAUGCAACUUCCUGUUGGAGCAAGGCGCCGUGGUGCAGCAGGUCAACCGCCGGGGGGUAUCUCCUCUGUUCUGCGCCGUCAGACAGGGACACUGCCAGAUUGCGGAGCUGUUACUGCAGCACGGUGCUGACGUGAACAUCAGUGACAAGCAGGGCAGGACCCUACUCAUGGUGGCCGCCUGCGAGGGCCACCUGAGCACAGUCGACUUUCUGCUUUCCAAAGGCGCCUUGCUAACUUCGAUGGACAAAGAGGGAUUGACGCCGCUGAGCUGGGCGUGUUUGAAAGGACAUAAGAAUGUGGUGCAGUUUUUGGUGGAGAAAGGUGCGGUCAUCGACCACACGGACAAGAACGGACGAACUCCGCUGGAUCUGGCGGCCUUCUACGGAGACGCAGAGAUCGUCCAGUAUUUGGUGGAAAGAGGAGCAGUGAUAGAGCAUGUGGACUACAGUGGGAUGAGGCCUCUGGAUCGGGCCAUAGGCUGUCGAAACACCUCCGUGGUGGUGACGCUGCUGAAGAAGGGGGCCAAACUGGGGAAUGCUGCUUGGGCCAUGGCUACGUCCAAGCCGGACAUCCUCAUCAUCCUCCUCCAGAAGCUGAUGGAGGAAGGCAACCUGUUAUACAAGAAAGGGAAGAUGAAAGAGGCAGCCCAGAGGUACCAGUACGCCCUGAGGAAGUUUCCUAGAGAAGGCUUUGGCGAUGACCUGAAGGCAUUUAAAGAGCUGCGAGUCUCCCUGUACCUCAACCUGUCCCGCUGCCGCAGGAAAACUAAUGACUUUGGGAUGGCGGAGGAGUUUGCAACAAAGGCACUGGAGUUGAAACCUAAGUCCUACGAGGCGUACUAUGCCCGUGCCAGAGCAAAGAGGAGCAGCAGGCAAUUUACAGCAGCCUUGGCUGAUCUGCACGAAGCAGCCAAGCUGUGCCCCAAUAACCGGGAGAUCCGCCGUCUGCUGGCACGAGUUGAGGAGGAGUGUAAACAGAUGCAGCGCAACCAGACCAAACCUGCCCAAGCUGGGGCCACAGCUGCCUCCAGUCAGGCCUCAGGGGGUCACGACUCAGAGCAGGAGGAGGGACAGGAAGAGCCCUCUGAGCACAGCCUUGGCAGGGGCCAGGAAGGCCAAAGAGACAUAUUCGAAGAGGAGGAGGAGGAAGAAGAGGCUACACAGCAUGACAGAAGAGCUGAAGCCCGUUGGCCACAGAACAUCUACUCCCUCAGUAGAGUCCUGCCGUCUGACUCGCUCAGCAACAGCCAGAGUCAUCAGACUCCCAGGCCCAGCUCUCCUCCAGGCCCAAGUAGGCUGGCCCACCACCGCUACCCUCGGGAGGCCCUCACCCAGCAGGGCCUCGUUCUCCAGCCCACCAAGCAGGCCCAGAUAGUCAAGACCAACCAGCAUAUGAGCUCCAUGCAGGGUGGGGGAGGAGGCGCUGGGGGUCGGCCAGCAGGGACCAAGUCCCAGUCUCAGUAUGCUCCUUCCAGCCCCCUACCCAGCAGACACAUGUCCAGCGUGCUGAAGCCAGGCCCUGGCAUUGACAUCAGCCCUCUCCCGCCCCCAGCUGACGAGCCUGUGUAUGGAGACCGCACAUCGCUGGCAGCUGUCUCCACCUCAGUGGGCAACAAUGACAGCUUACCUUCGUCCCAGGUCUAUUCAUCCUGCGGCAGCUUCAAGAGUCAGGGGCAAGAGAGGCUGUCUGCACACUCUGCAUCUUCCCUGGAUGGGUUGGCCUGCUCUGGCCCCCAGGGAAAUCACAUGGAUCCAGGGAAGGAGGGGGUUUGUGGUGGAGCAGGCACCAGUAUCAGGGUUUCCAGCUCCACCAGCAGCUUGGCCUCCAGCAGCAGUCAGUCAGACAGUGGCAGGCUGGGUCCUGAUGUCCGCACCAAGACCUCAGACAAAGCCAAGCACAGCCAGCAGGCUGGCUCUGCAGCAGAGUACAAACCCAGGCCCUUCAUGGGCAUCAUGGACAAGACGGCCCGCUUUCAGCAGCAAAUACAGCAGCAUAUCCACCAGGGUCAACAACCUUCAGGCCGCAGCUGGCAAAACCACUCCUCUGAGGCGCUGGUGUGUCAUGGCAUGUCAGCCAUGGGCCUGCAGCCAGUCAACUGUGAGCUGCCCUAUGCCAAAACGGUGAGCACUUACCAGGAGCAGCACAAACCACCACUUCAGGGUGCCGUGGCAAUGGGCAGCUUGCAAAAUGGGAUGCACACCAAGGAAUUCACAGAGAAGUUCUGCCAAGCUGCCUCUUGUUUCAAAGAAUCCAAGCCAGCGCUGGCUAUGCAGCACACCUUUAUGGACAGUAAGGCCAAGCAGUCUGGCCUAGCCCGAGAUAAUCCGGCCAUUCACGUAGCUUCUAUGAAACCAAAGCGAUCGUUUAUAGAGUCAAAUGUGUAGAUAUUUCUGUUCUCCCACACACAUACACUGCACACUAGCAAACUAAUAAUUGGAGCAUUAGGAAGCUUUUCUUUUAAGCAGCCCAAGAAAGACCAGUGUUUAAACCUUUUAUGAAGUAUGCAAACUAUGUUUGUUCCCCCUGUGAGUUCAGACAACAGGCAAGCGUGUCGAUUGCUCCUGAUUUUUCUGCUGCUCCUUACCUACCGCUAACGCUGUCAGCUUCUGUUAGAAGACAGCAUGCUCCCUCUCAUUCAGCCAAGCUGGAGACAUUGCACUGAAGAUGGUCAUUGAGCAUGUACAGUAC